AAAAACGUAGCACGAAUAGGUAGUUAUAUUCUCAUUUCUCUUUGCUUCCGGCUUCCCGAAGUUGAAAACAUUCUAUAAAAACUUUUGGAAAAUUAUUAAUUAAUUAACGUUAUUGUAAGGUAUAACCAAAUAAAACUAUGCCAAAAAAUAAAAAGGAAAGUAGUAGCAGCGAUAGCGACGAAGGUCCUGUUGAUCGCAACGAGCCUCCCGAAAAGAAAUCCAAAUCGGGCUCAAGAACAAAUGAUAAAGAACCAACAUGGGUUCUCCAAGGAACGAAAUUAGUCAAGAUUCGAGAAUUUAAGGGAAAAGUGUACAUAGACAUAAGAGAAUUCUAUGAGAAGAAUGGCGAUUUGUUACCAGGCAAGAAAGGAAUCAGUCUGACACCAGAAAUGUGGAGAAAGCUGUUAUCCUUAUCAGAUGAAAUAAAUGAAGCUAUAAGUUCACGCUGUUAAAUGUUAACUGGAGUUCAUAGCUAGAAUUACAUUUUUUCCAUUGAAAAUGCGUUAAGUAAUAAGUUAAUUUUAUGUAAUUAAAAACAUUUCAUCAUU